UCAGGUCUCGAGUAGAAGAUAUAUCUGCAAGGCAUCAGAGAUACCAGUCCACGUAUAGUACUUUCAGAAGGGGAUCCAGCUCUUCCGAUGCUACGGAAGAUGGAACGAGUACGUGAGGGGGAACGCACUUUUAGUUGAAGAAGCCAAGCUCGUUGGAAUCAAUGAGCCCAAAAGGGAACUCAUUUCACGAGUCCUUGCUGAUGAUUCCUACCUGAAGGUAAUUUCAGUGGUUGGUAUGGGGGGACUAGGUAAAACCACCUUGGUAAAAAGAGUCUAUGAAGAUCCUACUGUGAAGAGAAAGUUCCACUGCCAUGCUUGGUUAACUAUCUCUCAAACAUUUCACAUGAAGGUCAUCCUCAAGGACUUGAUUCAGCAGUUGCACAAUGAAAUCCGUGAACCAGUCCCUCAACAAGUGGAGUGCAUGGAGGGCAAUCAAUUGAGGGCAUUUGUCAAGGAUUUUCUGCAAGAGAGAAGGUAUAUCAUUGUUCUUGAUGAUAUUUGGAGCAUGAAUUCAUGGGAAGCAAUCAAAUAUGCUUUACCUAAUGGCAGCUACAGUAGUCGCAUAAUGCUGACAACAAGAAUUGCUGACAUAGCCAUCGGCUCAUGCAUAGAAUCCCGUGAUUACAUACACGAGAUGAAGCCUUUGCCUGUUGAAGAGUCCUGGAAUCUUUUCUGCAGUAAAACAUUUGGGGAUAAUUGCUGUCCUCAAAAUCUCGAGGAUGUUUCACGACGCAUUCUUAGUAAAUGCAAGGGCUUGCCACUAGCGAUUGUAGCAAUUGGUGGUCUUUUGGCUUUGAAGAACAAGAGCAAACUGGAUGAGUGGGAGAUGACUCAUCGGAGCCUUGGUGGAGAGCUAGAAGGAAUCGGCAAAUUGGAAAAGGUAAAAAAUAUGCUACUUCUCAGCUACAAUGAUUUGCCUUUCUUCCUUAAAAGUUGUUUGCUGUAUAUAAGCAUUUACCCUGAAGACCAGAAAAUAGAUCCCGAGUUAUUAAUUCCCAGAUGGAUCGCAGAAGGAUUCAUACAUGAAAAGAAAGGAAUGACAACUACUGAAGUAGCCCUGGGGUAUCUGAAUGAACUUGUUAACAGAAGCUUAAUCCAAGUGGCAGAGUUCUACCGUGAUGGAAGUAUUAGAUAUUGCCGUGUCCAUGACAUUCUGCGCGAAAUCAUUCUGACAAAAUCAAGAGAAGAAAACUUUGUGAAUGUAGCUUCCUCAUGCUCAAGAGAUUGUGCAAGAUUGCCAGAUAAACCCAGACGCUUAGCAAUUCAUGGAUACAAUGAGAACCACCAAGAAUGCAAACACUUUCGGCAUCUUCGGUCUUUGGUGAUCUUUGGAUACACAGAUCCCCUGUUCAACUCCUCAUUGUCUAAGAUCUUAAGUGGUGGUCCAAAGAUGCUGAAGGUUCUGCAUUUAGAAGGAGCAAAAUUGACGAACAUCCCAAAGGAAGUUUUCCAACUAUUUCGUCUCAAAUUUCUAAAUCUAAGGGACACAGGAGUUCAAAUCAUUCCACCAUGCAUUGGUAAGCUUCAUAGCCUGGAAUACUUGAAUUUGAUUGGCACCAAAGUGAGGGAGCUGCCCGUUGGCAUUCUACAGCUCAGAAAACUUCGCAUUCUUUUAGUAUAUCACAUAGGCAAAAAUUUUGCUUUAUGCGGCGUUAAACCUCCUUCCCAAAUUGGAAAUUUACUCUUCUUGGAGAUUUUACAUUCAGUAGAUGCAGACCAUGACAAAACACUAGUAAUGGAAAUAGGAAAGCUCACUCAAUUGAGGAAGUUAGGCAUUUCGAAGCUGAGAAAAAUUGAUGGGGCGAUACUUUGUUCCUCUCUGGGGAAGCUGACUAAUCUCAGACAAUUGUGCGUUAAUUCAAUUAAAGAAGAUGAUACUCUUGAUUUGCUGCAUCCCAUCUCUCCAACCCCUCGAGCUCUUCAAGUGUUGGAACUGGGCGGCCGGUUAGAGAUGAUUCCACCAUGGGUGGCUUCUCUUCAAAACCUGACCACAAUUCAACUGUUUGGCAGUAGGUUGAGGCAUGAUCUUCUAGAGUCUCUUCAGAGUUUGCCAAAUCUGGUAGAUGUGUCACUCAAUAACGCAUAUGAAGGAGAGGAACUCUAUUUCAUGGCUGGAGGAUUUCAGAAACUCAAGAGAUUAGAGCUCACAAGAUUGCAGAAACUGAAGUGCGUGAGAGUGGUCGAUCGCGCAAUGCCUUGCCUCCAUAAACUAAUCAUGGCAAAGUGUAAAUUAGUGGAAAAACUACCAUGGGGCAUCCAAAACUUAAACGAGCUCAAAUCUCUUGGGCUUGCUGGUAUGAGCAAUGAGUUGAUAGUGAAGCUGCAGGAUAAAGGAAGUGAAGAAUAUCAAAAAAUUGCUCUCGUCUCCGAAGUUGUUAUUGCAAACUGGACAGAUGGCAAAUUAUGGAAGCGUUUCCUAUAAAAAGAGGAAGAGAUCACUUUGUGGAGAGUUUCUUGUUGACUUAAGAUUGCUUUUAAGCCUGCAAUCAUACAAGUUUCUCUGACUCAAUGUUUUUUUUUUUUUAA